GAAUAAGAACCUCCGUAGAGUGACGAACUUCGUUUCAAUUAUUGUUGGCGCUGGAAAGCCGUGCCGUACAUCGGCGAUCCAUAACCUAGAAGGGCGACAGAGCGGCGACCGAUUCUCCGGGCGCCGGAGGAACGAAUGGGAAGGUCGAGCAGUCGGAGCAAAGGUCGGAGGGGCCGAUAACCGGGGGGAAAUCCCGCCGGGGAAGCGGAGGGGGAGGUUCUUGUACCGCAAGCCGCAGGGCUACAAGGCAGGCAGGCGCUUGCAACCCGUCAUCGGCACAUCGGACGGUGGCCGGGCACCUUAUCGCAAGGCGAUACCCUCUCUCCUCGUUCAGACGUCGUCUGCUCGGCCCUCGACACUUCCUCGAGUGCGUGUCGUCCGUUGUGUGCACUCUUGCGCUGUAGAGUCGAGUUCGCAUCUCGCCCCAGCUCCGCUUCCCGCCUCGCCCGUGCUCUGCCGUUUGCCUUGACAUUUUUCGCCGUCCCAGCGGACCUCUCCGACUCGUUGCUGGUUUUGAGCGCGGCUGGCGAGGCACUUUGUGUUUUCGGCUCUUGGUUUGUAACCCAUUGUCGAGAAUAUGGCCGACGAUGGAGGACAUCGGGCCGCCGAUGAGUAUGAAGCUCCCCGUAUCGAGAACAAGAGGAAGUUUGAUGAUGGUCCCGCAGAAGAGCCUUCCAAUUUCAGCAGUGGAGCACCUGACAGCGACGGACCUCCAGUGUCCUACAACACCGUUCCCCCUCCCAUGUCAGAGUUCCAGCUCGCCAAGGAACGGGUGCAGCAAAUAGCUGCGCGGUUGGUUGGAGGAGAAGGCCUCAAACGCCCCCGCACGGAGGAGAGCAAUGACGAGCAUAGCUUGCCUCAUCGCUCGAACGGGCCUGAAAACGACCAGCCUUAUUCUGAUCACUCUCACGGUAUACAGCGACAAGAUCAGCAGCAGGAUGAUCGACAGCAUAUGCCAGCGCAAGAGUACCAUCAAACCCCGCAGUAUUACAACCAACAAGGAAAUCAGUCACGGAAGAUCGAUGUACCGAAUUCUAAGGUUGGCCUUGUGAUUGGGAAAGGAGGAGAAACUAUCAAGUACCUCCAACACCAGUCAGGAGCCAGGAUACAAGUCGCAAGGGACGCAGACUCUGAUCCCCGAGCUCCUACGAGACAAGUUGAGCUUAUGGGCUCUCCAGAUCAAAUUAACCGUGCAGAACAACUCAUCAAGGACGUUAUUGCCGAGCAGGCCGCAGCUGGAGGUUCAGGAGCCCUCGUCGCACGUGGUUUUGGUGGCAUUGGCCCACCAGGCGACCAAGUCCAGAUCAAAGUUCCAAACAACAAGGUCGGCCUUAUUAUUGGAAGAGGGGGAGAGACCAUCAAGAAUCUGCAGGGGCGCUCAGGAGCCCGUAUACAGCUUGUUCCCCUGCAGGUCCAAAAUGAUGGAGAAACUGAACCAGGGGCCACUGAAAGGAUGGUCACCUUGAUUGGAAAUAAGAAGCAGACUGACAUGGCUCAUGAGCUUAUCAAAGAGGUGAUAGACGAGAACCGCGCAAGAGGUCCACCUGGAGGCUAUAAUCAGCAAGGGGCUUACAGGCCACCAGGUCCUCAGCAAUGGGGACCCCCUGCUGCACCUCCUAUGCAGCAGCCCGGCUAUGGGUACCAGCAACCGGCACCAUAUCCUGGACCUCCCCAGCAGUAUCCCGGUCCUCCACCUCCCGCCUAUGGAGGGGGAUAUCCUCAACAGACUUCUACUGCCGGUUAUGCUUCUGGAUGGGAUCAGCGGACAGCCGCCCCUGCCCAGCAGCCACAGGCUCAGGGUGGCUAUGAUUAUUAUGCUCAACCAGGUCAGCAGACCCAGCAAACCACCCCAGCCGCCACCACAGAUACAACCUAUGGUUACGGCCAGCAGGGUUAUUACGGUGGCUACCAGCAACCGCAGGCUGCGGGCUACGGUGACCAAUCAUCGUAUGCCCAGCAGGGUUAUGCUCAGCAAGGGUACGGGCAGCAAGCCUACAAUGGUGGGUAUGGCUAUGGGCAAGCCCAAGGGGAUCAGCAAACUUAUAGUCAACAGGGUUAUGCACAGCAGGGAUAUACACAGCCUGCGCAAUACACUCAGCCCGCUGAUGGAACUGCACCCCAAGCAGCCAGUUCAGGGUACGAAUAUAAUGGCUCCACACAGCCUGCAACAACGCCUCCUGCCCCUGCCCCUGCCGCUCAAAGUUAAAGUGGUACGUCACAUCUUUUUGACCUGUGAUGUCGGUAACAUCUGCCGAGGUAUUUUCUAGCAUAGAUGAUUUGCAAAUAUUCUUUCAUUCUCCUCAGUACACUCUGUACCGUUGGCUGAGUUUCAGACUGUCUUUGGAGAGCACGAUGCCGUGGUGCACUGAGGGAAAUAGAGAGGUUGCACUACAGACAUGGAAAGAGAGUUGUCCUUGGAGUAGCAUCUGCUCUAGCCUGAGGCUUUAAAGAUCCCGCGCCAGGGACUGUCGGCGCGAGUUAUAGGGGAAAGUAUCAAGGGGUUGGAGGUGUCAAGGAAACACCCUUCUGUUGAGCUUAAAAGCGAGGAUCGCCUGGGUGUGCCUUGUACAAGUAGAAGUGGAUCUUUCUAACCAAAUCUUCCCGCAGGACGGAGCUUUUGUCCAUAAGUAGUAGAUACUAUCCAAUCUGUAAUGUUGGCAGUUAACCUUGUACUAAAUCCCAAAUUUUGUGCCUUUCGAAAGAUGGAAUGUGUCCGUGUAUUAGAGUUUAGCUGAUUGUGGGUUCAGAGCUCGUCUGUAAAACAAAAGGGGAGUGUUUGGCCUCACCUCUUGGCAUUGCUCUUAGUACUUCUCAUGGAGAUUACAAUGGACAGUAGUUUCAUGUUUGCGUGUUUGUUUGUUUUACUUCUAUAAGCUCUUUCCGUCUCACGUGAUCUUCGCAAAGGGAUAUCAAUGGACCUGGUACACUGAGGUUUUACUGGAUUGGUGUGUAUCACAUCCAGGCAGGGUGGAAACUCCAAGAAUUACUCAGCCAUUUUGUUUCUUUCGAUGCGAGCGGGCUAGGGACUACUGGUCGUGUACAUUGUACUUGAGAAAAAGAUCCAGAUAGAAUAAAUUGUACUGUGCAAAAUUUUGAAAUGAAGUUCAGGGAAUCGAAUGGAUAUUGU